CACAAUCAGUUUGUUUUGAAAUUUUGCCGCGAUGCGUUCGUUCCAAAGCGCUCUCCUCAACUAAAAGUACUCGAGCAGAAUAAAUAGUUUCAUUAAUUAAAUGUGAAAUAACAAAACUUUAAGUGUCACCGAAAAAAAAGAAAUACAGAAAUCAAUCGUGAAAUAUAGCAUACAAUAUAAGUAAAAUACCCGAAUGUACAAGUACUUAAGAAUUACAUUUGGCGUUGCAGAACGAUUGCAAUAUGCGGGCUUAGGUUGAAGUUAUUAUUGCAAAAGCAGUAAAGUUAUAUAUGCAGUUGUAGCUUAUUAAAAGUUAAAAAUGUGGAGUAAUGAGUAAAACCGCUGAGUGAAACUGAGAGUGAAAAUCAUGAAAAAUAGUAGGUGUUAAUAAUGAAAAACUAAUAUUGUUGUGCAUCACAUGGAUUUAGAAACUCACAAAUAUCUGUAGAUCUAGAACAACCAAUUACUUUGCACUCAACAACAGCUACUCUUUUGAGUUGUUGUUGUCGUCGAGGGGGCCAAACAGCUUUAGAAUGAAAUGGAGAUGCAAAGCUACUCUGGUCAUGGACCAACGACAACAACUUCAGCCACAGCGGAAAGUGCAACAGCAACUGCAGCAGUCCCAGCAGCAACAUUCACACAGCGACACUUCAGUUGUCGACUGGAAGAGGCGGCCCGGCCGGAGGUCUGGCAGCCUUUUAUUGGCUGCGACAGCAACACCAGCAGCAGCAGCAAGAGCAACCUCAUCCUGCCCACCAGCAACAUCCUCGUCAACGGCAGCAGCAGCUCAUUCCAGUGUGCCCGGCAAGCCUUCGAUAAAGCGGAGCAGACGGCCCUCUACAGAUGCGUUGGGGAGGGUCCAUUGUCUGAAAGCUGCGCGUUGAGGCUGAGGGCGCGACUGUUGCAAGUGCCGUACGAGGCGUAUGAGCAAUUUCGACUGGCAAUCAACGGGGAACUCAGUGAUACAUCCAGUGAUAUACUUAGUGAUAGUUCGAGCUGCGAGGAGGGAGAGGAUGUUUUGCAAUGUGAGCUGGGGCUGACCCAGGAUCUAUUUCUUUGUCAUUUGCAGCCGCAGCAGGAGCCAUUUGGGGAGCUGGAAGGCCUGGGGGAGGCGGAGCCCCUCUCGAACGGCAGCCUACUGGAGGCCUAUCCAAUCGAGCUGGGCAACGAACACGACGGACUCUGGUCCUUCCUCAACCUGAGCGAGCUAAUGGAAGCCGGCAACGACACCUCUGGCAUCGUGAAUGCCACCAGCAGCAGUUUGGACAUGAUUCUGGCCAACUACACGGCCCUUACCACAACAACAGUCGCCUCCACCGCAGCCACGUCGAGCGAUAUCGGAGUUACGAAGAGCUUUCUGGACUACAGUCCCCACGGCUACGAUUGGCUUUUCCUGUUCGUGGUCUUCUUCAUCUUUGCGGGGGGCUUGGGCAACAUCCUCGUCUGCCUGGCUGUGGCCUUGUACCGGAAGCUUCAGAACGUCACCAACUACUUCCUGUUUUCCCUGGCCAUAGCCGAUCUCUUGGUCAGUCUGUUCGUGAUGCCCAUGGGUGCCAUACCAGCUUUCUUGGGUUAUUGGCCACUUGGCUUUACUUGGUGCAACACAACAUAUGUGACCUGUGAUGUGCUGGCCUGUUCCUCCAGCAUCCUGCAUAUGUGCUUCAUAAGUUUGGGACGCUAUCUGGGAAUACGGAAUCCAUUGGGCUCGAGACAUCGGUCUACGAAACGAUUGGCUGGUAUUAAGAUAGCCAUUGUUUGGGUAAUGGCCAUGAUUGUAUCCAGCUCGAUAACAGUCCUGGGUCUGGUCCACGAGAAGAACAUUAUGCCUGAGCACAACGUCUGUGUAAUAAACAACCGCGCCUUCUUCGUUUUUGGAUCUCUGGUGGCAUUUUAUAUCCCCAUGCUCAUGAUGGUCACUACUUACGCACUCACCAUUCCCCUCCUCCGCAAGAAAGCACGUUUUGCCGCAGAGCAUCCGGAAAGUGAACUCUUCCGCAGGCUAGGUGGACGCUUUACCAUAAGACCUCAGCACAGCCAGCAACAGUUGCAGGUGCACAGCAGCUUCUCCAGAGGCAAUAGCAAGUUUCUGUCAAUGAGCGACAGCAUUCGCAACUUUAACAAUGGAGGACGAGGGGUUGAGGAAGGAGAUGCUGCCAGGAAAAGUUGCGUGGAGCCCGCCGAACGACCUUUGAUGCAGCAGAGAACGACGAGUAGCAGGAGCAUCGGCACGGCCAGUUUCCGCAAUGUGGCCAAUGGCAGCGGAGGAGCUGGAGGAAGUGGGUCUAAGGGAGCAGGCCCUGCCCGCAGCAGCUUCCGGUUCUCCGGAGGCGGCAUCCUGCGGCACUCAUCGUCACCCGCCUCGAGCUGCCACUCCACCAACAAGUCGCAUUUGAGCAGCUUCUGGAGCAAACACGGAGGCAAUCCCAACCUAAUGGACAGGUGAGUGGGAUAACACUUGCUAACAAGUUAAAAUCCAUGAAAGGCUCCUAAGCCUGUGAUGGUAAAUUCUGAUUGUGCUGAAAAUGUCAGUAACAUUUUUCUC